CUCACAUUGCACGAUGAAGCAAUACACGAUUCUAUGGCCUCUUUUGCUGCUGCAUGUUUGUAAAAUUGCUGCUAUCAACCAACCUACGGGAAUCGCUAGUAGUAGAAGCUACUACCAAAAGCGGGGUUUAGUCUCGUCAAGAAAUGCUCAAAGUCGGAAGCAGAGAAGUCUAGCCUCGGAGUUCACCAUUCCAACAGAUGGGAUGGAACCAUCUCCGGAGUCAAACGAUUUAUCGAAGGCUAAUCUAUCAAGUAGCAGUUCAGAACAAAAAGCGACCUCGCGGCGAAAGAAGCUAAACGCCGAAGUUAUCAACGAGCUCGAAAUUCCGUCGUGGGUGACAUCAUCGUACGACGACAGCCGAGGACUCCGGCAACGAGGGAGCACGUUGUCUUGGAUGCCACGUGAAGGCGAAGUCGACGUAUACGUAACACCGACUAAUAGCACGAAGGAAUCCUCUCUAAAUUCUAUGUCGAUGACGUUGGAUCCCCUAUCGGCCCUUCGGUUGCUUCGAAUAGCGUUUGCUGGUUCCAUGGCUUUGGGAGCGGCGUUGUUGGGAACGCUUCGCUUUUUAGCACCCAUGAUUGUCGCUAGAAGAGGAUUGUACGCCAUGCUCACUCAUGGGCAGGAUUGGUAUCGUGGAAGGUACUUGCGCACCACUGUCGAGCGCAUUGAAGACGAAUUUUGGCGAUACUACGAAAUGCCGGCGGCGCUGCGUUCGCUAGCGCGGGCGGUUUCCCAAAUUCUCAUUUUGUUCCUACUGGGUAACGUCAUGGAAUCGAUGGUGGGAUUAUCCCACGCGCCGUGUUAUAUGACCAAUGGAGGAUGCCAUUCGUGGUGUGGUUUGUUGUGGAUCAUUGCCGUAAUUGGAACCGGACAUGCUUUCGGCGCGGCCAUGGCUGUGUGGGGUGGUCCGUUGCGAUUGCAACUGGAACCACAGUUGGCGAAAAGACGACCAUCUAGAACGCCACCCGGUCUUCAAAAGAUACUUAAGCAUCCCAGGCAACUGUUGCAGUGGUUGAGAGAUCCCGAACAGUGGAUUCGAGACGUUGCUCGUCAACGAAGGACGGUGCAGCCUCCUACUAAACCCUUCCAAACGGAUCCCAUGCUCUUCCCAGCAACCUGGGAACCGCUCACAAUCCUACAGAUGUUGGUGGUCUCCAGUGAAAUGAAUCACAAUCGCCAAAUUAUGCACAAGAUCAUGCGGCAACUGCUAGUGCAACAAGCAUUGGGGGACGAGUGGUAUCGAGUGCUGCUAUGCGAAAAACGGGUGGGCUUGGGAUUGAUUGUCAUGGGCUUUUACGCUCUAUCAUCGAUACGAUUGUUUUGGACGGUGGCCAACCAGAACAACGUGGCGGCAUUGUUUUUAAUGGGACCAUUAUUUGCCGUUGUAGUAUCCGGGUGGAUGCAUACUUAUAUUUACAUGGAGCGCCGCGAAAGCAAACGACGACAAAAAUUGAAUCAGUAUGGGCAUCUAAUCGACGAUGCCGACCGUACCGUGAAAGAGUGGGGGCAGGUAUUCGCAUAUCCGUCCAACUCGAUGUCUCAAUGGUUUCCUCAGUCGAUUUUGAGUUGA